GGAAACUGGGUAUAGGAUUGAAGCCUUCCCCUGCCUGCUGAAAAAGUCCUGUGGAUACACAUGGUUGCUAGGCAGCCAUUUUUGUUGCUAAGAAGGCAAAGGAAAGCUGAGAGGUUUGACCUUGCUGCAGAGUUCCAGUUUAACGGGGAGUGGCUGGCUGGUUGAAAUCCCCUUAUGAAGACUGGCCAAUUGGCCAAUGUUCAGGUCAUUGGUCAGUAUUGAGGAAGCCAAUCAGAAUGUGUGGAGACACAAUCUCCUUAGGGAUUGGAUAGAGGGCCUGAACCUUCUAUAGGAGAGCUGGAUGAAGGACAGAGAGGUGUUAGGGAAAGAUCAUGUGGAGGACUCCAGUAGAGAAAGUGGUCUUUGGAAGAGAGCUGACAAGAAGGCAAAGCUGAAAGAGGUAGGGCAGGAAGAAAGAGCUAGUCAUUCUGGGUUUCUCCUGGAAGCAGAGUGUGUGUGCCCUUCAGGAAGACUCCACGCCUGUUAACUGCUUAGUGAGCAGAGGCCUGGAAGUGGACCUGAUAGGGAGUUUUAACUCCUGUCAGCCUAAGAAACCACAGGUGUCUGGAACUGUCAAGGGCUGGAGAUUCUAUUCCAAUAAACAAAAUCCAGACUUGGCUUGGAACAGCAGUGAGGCUGGAGCUCUUAAAGGGACAAUGUUCUUAUAUCUUGGCAGGUGUGACUUCUACUAGGGAAGAACCAGGGAAAUUGGCUAUGGGUCUGGAGAGAAACUAGUUCAGUUAUUCUUUACCACUCCCUUAGUAAAGCAACCUUAGUAAAGCAACACUUACAAUGCAACAAAGUCAUAUUAAAACUUUUUAAUAUGAAAAGUAAUUGCAACAUCUUAUUUUAAUUCAUCAUAAUUAUGUAUGUUUUAAUCCUGGUUCUAGCAUGCUCAAAGCUUUAGCUACCUAUUAAAGUGAGGAAGAAAUUGGGAGCAGCUGAUGCAUGUUGGAAGUGAUAAAAUUAAAGACUAAAAAUAAAGAAUAAAAUAAAAUUCCUUUAAAUGUGGAAAGUGAGGCCCAAUGGAAGCAAGAUCAAGAACCUGGAAGAGAAAGAACAUUACAAAUACUUGGGCAUUCUCCAGGCUGAUAACAUUGCACACACUGAAGUUAAAAGAAAAAUUGGAAGUGAAUACAUCAGGAGAGUUAGCAAAAUCCUCAAGUCCAAACUCAAUGGUGGGAACACCAUACAAGCCAUAAACAUCUGGGCUAUACCUGUUAUCAGAUACACUGCAGGAAUAACAGACUGGACCCAGGCAGAGCUAGAGAUGCUAGAUCGGAAGACCAGGAAAAUAAUGACCAUCAGUCAUGCUCUGCACCCCCGCAGUGAUGUAGAUAGGCUAUACCUCCCUCGCAGCUCAGGUGGAAGAGGAAUGCUGCAAGUCCAUCAAACAGUAGAGGAGGAGAAAAGAGGCCUUGAAGAAUAUAUCAAAGACAGUGAAGAAGAUGCACUUAAAAUGGACUAUAAUGAGAAACUAUUCAACACCAAUGAAACAAAGCAUGCCUACAAGAAAGAACAAGUCAAGAACCGAGCAGAAAAAUGGAAAAAGAAGCCACUGCAUGGUCAAUAUUUGUACAAUAUAAGUGGAAAAUCAAACAUCACUAAGACCUGGCAAUGGCUUAAGAAUGGCAACUUGAAGAACGAAACAGAGGGUUUAAUACUGGUUGCACAAGAACAGGCACUAAGAACAAAUGCAAUAAGAGCAAAAGUCGAAAAAUCCACAACAAACAGCAAGUGCCGCCUUUGUCAAGAAGCAGAUGAAACAGUGGACUACCUAAUCAGCUGUUGUGAAAAGAUCACACAGACUGACUACAAACAAAGGCAUGACAAGGUAGCAGGGAUGGUACACUGGAACAUCUGCAAAAAAUACAAGCUACCUGUAGCCAAAAAUUGGUGGGACCAUAAAAUUGAAAAAGUUGAAGAAAAUGAAAACGCAAAAAUAUUAUGGGACUUCCGACUACAAACAGACAAACAUCUGCCACACAAUACACCAGAUAUAACUGUAGUCUAGAAGAAAGAAAAACAAGUUAAAAUAAUCAACAUAGCAAUACCAGGGGAUAGCAGAAUAGAAGAAAAAGAAAUAGAAAAAAUAACAAAAUACAAAGAUCUACAAAUUGAAAUUGAAAGGCUGUGGCAGAAAAAGACCAUAAUAAUCCCAGUGGUAAUUGGUGCCCUAGGUGCAAUUCCAAAACAACUUGAAGAGCACCUCAACACCAUAGGGGCCACAGAAAUCACCAUCAGCCAAUUACAAAAAGCAACUUUACUGGGAACAGCCUAUAUGCUGUGACGAUGUCUAUAAUAACAGCAACAACAUUGAUAAUAAAAUCCAGCCAUCCCAGGUCCUUGGGAAGGACUCGAUGUCUGGAUAAAACAAACCAGUCAAUAACACCUGUCUGACUGUGUAAACAAUAAUAAUAAUAAUUUAAUACUAAGCUGGAAUAUCUUUCUAAAAACUAUGAAUAUGGAUAAGAAUGGGCAUUUUAAUAGGAAAUAAAAGUUCUAUAUAGAACAGCUUAAAACACAAUUGACGUAAAAAAAUAAUGUAUUAAACAUCCUCAUGCAUAUACCAUAAAUGUGUCCCAAAGUAUAUGUAGUAAAACUGCUCACAAAUGAGCUAAAAUCCUCUUAAAAACUUGUCAGUUCAAUGCUGUGUUGCCAAAUAGUAUUAAGUCUUCUUAAAGUCUUCUCCAGUAAGUCAAAUGCACUUCGACUUUAAUGUCUUCCUCAUGUGCUGUAA